CACACAGUGCGGACGUGUGUCAGACGCUGAACUUCGCUUGCCUUCGGAGCGAUAUAGGUUCUAGUUUAGCUCUAGUAGAAAAUUGAUCGUUUUCGCAUGAUCCUUUCGGACCUGCCGCUGGCGCUAAAUCCAAAUUAACCCCCCAUAUGAAAAGGCGAAAUGCGCCAAUGUUUCGGACUAUCAAAAUUGAACCCAGUGCGAAAAACAGUGACGAUAUCUGCAAUAGAAACCACGGUGUUGAGUGAAGCGAGCGGAAAAAUUGUGCAAAUUCGUUUUUGAAAAGGAUUACAUGGAUUAAGUGCAAAAAGUUUGUGCAACGAACAAAAAAACAAGAAUUGGCAAACGCAUGGAACAUUAUCAAACUGACCGCAUAACUAUCGGAUUGCUCUGACCACAUGUAAAGUGAAGGAUUUUCUUCCAGAGAGCCGUGAACAGGAAAACGUCCCCCCAAAGGAACCAUCAAGAUGUUGAAGUGGACCGUAACAAAACGCCCGGAAGGUGGCACAGCAGCCGCGGUUCAACGGCACCAGCAGCAGCAACGACAGACUGGCAGCACUGCACGUGCUCGCAGAUCGCUAGGUGCACUCAACGACAGAGCCGUACCCACGGCGAGCCGAACCAAAGCCAGACGCUCCCUGGGGGCCACCAUGCACCGUCACGCGAACGCAGACAAAGAAAACCAAUGCGUGACGUCAACCCCCCACCAUCUGGUUGGUGGUCGAACCUCGGGCUCACCCUUCUCAUCCGCUCUGCGAGAUGUGAGCAACAUAACCCCAAACACAACCCCACACCGUUUGUCGUUGACCCCACAAAGCCGUAAACGCGGCUACCCUACGUCGCCAGUGGAAACGGUCCCAACCGUGAAAAAGGAUGCCAAUCAACCGUACGCAUCCACCUUGCCAACAUUCGACAUCGAGUACUCCCCGUGUGGAGUGAAGAAUGUCCCAUUCCUUGCCCUACGUGGACUCGGCCUAACCGAGACGUACUUCGAAAAUCCCGGCCGUUAUUUCCACGAGAACCAAGCACCGGCAGCGAAGCGGCCGAAACCGUUCGUAGUCCCUGCUCCUGUGUCGGACCUCAAACCCGAGCCCCCUCUAACGCCCCUCUCCUCCCGCCUUUCCGAGCUGCGGUUCAGCAAGAUAAGCUUCAAGCGCCAGGGCGCCGCUUCCAAAACAAUCAACAAUAAUCAAAUCUUCCACGACGACGAGCCCUCGCUCAACUCGUCCGAAAUGGGUGAUAUUACGCUAGACAAAAUGAUCGAUGCAAUUUUGGAGAGCGCCAAGAAGGACACCAAGAUUAUAACGCCCCGUCCGAAGCGCAGCUCCAGCCUCAAGUCGAAGCAAGCCAAGCUGGCAUCUCCCACGUACACUCCGGCCGAUGACCCGGCCUCGGAUCUGUACAAAGACACCCUGAUCGAUCAGCUGCCGCCGAGACUCAUCGAACAGGCCGAGACCACCAUCAUCCUAGAGGAGACCACUCACGUGAACGAGCGUGAGGUUAAAACGCCUGAGGCGGUGAAAGGUGCGAAAUCUCUACGACAGUCACUGUCCCGGUUCGUUCUGGCCAGUCCGUUGGACGCGUGCCAUCUGCGACGACAGCGAGCGGUUCGUCGGAAAAACAAACCCGAUGGCCCCCCCGAGAGAGAACCCUUUGACAAAAAACCCCACUCAUUGAAUGAAUUUGGUGCGUUCUCGAAUGGGAUUGCUAGCCCUGAAACUCCUAAAACCGCCGCCGCCAACUACAACCACUCAAAAAUCGAACAGCUGGCCCAAAUGGAAACGCCAACGGAAGUUGGGACUCACUGCGCUGACUCGGAACCUCACCCGACGAAGCUGACAACGGUGGCGGCCGCACUGAGUACGAUCGAAGAGAUGACCCCAAGCAUCCGAUCGAUCGAUCUGCAGGGAACUUCAACGCCUACCGGCAUGGAAGCGCUGUCCUUCGAUAAGACCCGAAAAUGUCUGGCAUUCUCGCCGGCACUCAGCGAGGAUUCGCUGGAGAAGCGACGCUCCGUCGCCUCGUCGACUACCUCCCGCUGUUCGCGGGUCACCGUUGUCAAGGGGUCCCUCGACGUGAGUCUCCAGCUGGAGAAGGACCAAAACAAGCUGCACGUUCAUGUCAUUCGCUGUAAGGAUCUGCAACGCGCCGGUGGCAAUACGAUAAAUGCCUACGUUAAGGUCGCCCUGGUGAACCCCAGCAACCCGGCCGGCGAGCAAGGAUUUCAGCGGACGGCCGUGCAUCGGAACUCAUCCAAGCCACUGUUCGACCAUCGGUUCGUGUUCGAGCUUGGGCAUCCGCCGGCUGCCGAGGAGAGUGACGAAGAAGGACGCCGUGUUCAGCUGGCCGUUUGGCAUCGGGACCGUGAGUGCAAACGUAGCGAAUUCUUAGGAUGUAUGUCGAUUCCGCUUAGGAAUGUGCUUAAGCAAGAAAUUAAUGGCUCGUACAAGCUGCAACCGCAGUCGUGUCUGACGAACCCUACACCACCGAUACCAGAUAUGUGUGAGAACUCGCAGUCCAGCGUGGAUGAGAUCGUCAGCAUCGAGGAAGGAGGUGCCGGAACCACCACUGCACUAGCGUCCAACGCGAUGGCGGGAGCCAUUCCGGAGCCCAUCAGUCUGAGCAAGAAGGCCCUCCACCAGCGCGAUGCUGACGAAAAUCUGUUCCUCCGCUUUCUCGAGCUGGAUCCACCGCUGGACGCGGCCGGAGCUGUCCCUGCCACACCCAGACGUAACUCGAUCAGUUCGAACAAGCCCAACCCGGGUCGGACUCCGUUCACGAUAACCAAACGGUUGACCCGAGUUGCGGACAAGGGUUUCGGCUUCUCGAUCGUGUGGACUCAUCCGCCCCGCGUCGAGAAGGUGGAACCGGGCCUAUCGGCCGAAAAGGCCGGAAUCUUGCCGGGCGAUUAUGUAGUGUUUGUGGAUAAGCACAACGUUGUGACGAUGCCCGAGCUGGACGUACUGAAUUUAAUCAAAACUCAGGGUAACAAUCUGCUGCUGGAGAUCUUUCGUCGUCCCCAGCGAUCAACCAACGGGCUCCGCCCGGGAAGUGCUGGCACUACAUCUGCCGCCAGCAAUCUUAUCAACUUCGCACCAUACAAUUCCCAAGUCCAGCAGCUCCAGCAACAGCAGCAACAGCAGCAACAGCAGCAGCAGCUACCGGACGAGGAACCCUCACUCAAACCUUCCAUCGUUCCGGCACGCUCGUCAACGGCCUGCUCAAACAUUUCGAUCGAAACCGCCAAGCGGAAACUUCAUCUACCCCAAGUCACGUUCAGCAAAGAGUCAAUUUUACAGCAGUUCCCGGAUGAUCACCGACGGAAGUUUCUCUACCAGCUAAUAAGUCGAGAGCAGCAUUUUGUUACGGCGAUCAAUUUCGGAAUCGAGCGUUUCGUAAACCCCCUGCGAGAUCGAAAGGACCUCAUUUCGCCCAACGACCACAAAACACUUUUUCAAAAUAUCGACGAGCUAUCACGAAUAUCAGAAGACAUCCUAGAACAAAUCAUCCAAGAUGAAACCGAGCCACAAAUCCACUUCGCUUCCCGCGUUUAUCUAUCCAAAAGUACGGCCCUGUGUGCGGCCUACAAAAAGUACUGUAAUGGCCUGAAGAAAGCAGACUGCGUUUUGGUGAACAAAUCGAGAAAUUCAAACUGUGAUUUUAUGCGAUUCAUUACGGAGCCACCGGUGCCACGGAAACGUCCAGACUUAACCACCUUCAUACAUCGACCGCUGCAGCAUUUUAGGGAAAUUUUAAAGCUAGUCCAAAUGAUCACGUCCAAUUGUCGUGUAGAUAGUGAAGAACACAAUAACUUCAAUAGCAUUAUCAUCGAGUUACAGGCGGCAUACCGAGAGAUAACUGUUGGUGGUGGUCUAAUGGAACCCAUCGGUGAAGGUCGACCACUGCUGACGCUACAAGACUUGGAGGCGAGAAUGGUUUUCACGAAGUGCAAACCAUUUCAACUGGCGGCCCAUGGGAGGCAGUGGAUUUUUGGUGGAGAUUUAUCACGAGUGGAAGGGCGUUCGGUGAAACCAUAUUGGACGCUGUUGUUCAGUGACAUUCUGCUCUUUGCCAAGGUUAGUCGGGAUCGUGUUCUGUUCAUCACAGAGGAGCCUAUUCCGCUGUCUACGAUAACGGAUUCGUGUUUCAAUGUUAGGAAAAAGACAACCGAGUUUCGGAUGACUAUUGAUCCCAAUGGUCGGCAAAUCGAGAGUCCAACGGUACAUUGCGCGCCUGAUUUGACCCGGACGCCAAAGAAAAAUUCUAAAAAGCGAUGCAUAGUAUUACGAGCUCCCUCAGCUGAACUGAAGGCGGUCUGGCAAAAUCUGCUCAUCAGGCAAAUUUUUCUAGUGAACACAACCUUAGGAUCAACUCCUCUCAGCAGUCCACUUGACUCUCCGGAUAUUCUCCAGACUCUCGUUCCAAUCGGAGACAUCGGAACAACGACAGCAUCGAUGGCCUCGGCGAAAGUUCCCUCACUGGACAGCAUCCAUCUAAAAAACCAGCAGGCCAGGGCGAGUAAAGUCACGAAGCAAGUCGAGGAAUUGAUCGAUGAGAAAUGUAGAAACCUGAACAAGACCGGUGUUCCCAAGGGAAGCGCGCUGCAUCUGGCCCAAUGGAUGAAGGGCCAACUGGACAAACAGGUGGUGGAGUCGGAUCCGAUUGAUUCCGAUCCGGAGCCCGCCAUCGAGGAGUGGUCUGUUGAGCAGAUUACGAAUCGCUCGAAGGAACUGAAGUUGGUCGAUACCGAAGGUAAUCUGUGCAAAACGGUCAACGGAACGGGGUCCAAUCUGAAGUUAACCGAUGGGCACCUGGAGGAUGGAUCCACUUUCGAUGGCGAUGAUGACAAUAGAAGCGUGUCCAAGAGUACAACAUCCGAUAGUCAGAUCACUGUUCGGUCGAGUCCUCUCAGUAACAAGGUAGACACUAUUUCUGUCUGCCGCCAGUGUCACAAAACCUGCAAAAGCCGCAUGAACUCACCGAGCAGUAACUCGCUCACAAUCCAGCACAGCCAAACUUCGUCCACCCGGUGUUGUGUGUCUUCUUCGACGACCGCCAGUAGUCUCAACAAAAGUGCAAACUCGCAGUCCAGUGUGUCUUCCACCAGCACACUAACCCAGCCCAGUAAAACAUCUACGAAGCCAGAAGACACAGUGGUCGUCGCUAGUGAUGCUGUUGUAGAGUGUAACGAAGUGACUCCAUCUAAGAAGCACCCUCCGCAGGCUCUCAUCCUCAGCAACUACAAGACUAAGUGCCAAACACCCUGCCACUGCAAGUGUACUCCAAAAGACUUCGAGAAAACCACUAUCAGCCCGGAUGAGGUGUUUCACGAGCGUGUAAGGAUACUGAAGAAUGUCAACGAAGUUAACGCAAACACUACAGUGCCCAGUAUUCCAAAUCCGACCAAGAUGAACGGACACUCCACCAUCGAGGAACGGCGAACCAGUGGUUGUUACGAGGAUAAAUGUGAUAAUAAUAACGUGGAAGAUUGGUCGUUGAUGUUGAUAGGUCUGGCACAGAUCAAUCCAGCAGCUUCUCUCGUUCAUAUGGAUCCAUUCGAAGCGCUUCCAACGAUCGCGGUAGUUCCCCCCACGCCAGACGCUUUGAAUAGUAACAGCUACAAACAAAACAUGUCGUUGAACUGGAACGACUCGAAUCGGUUGCAGUUAAGGCAAAUAAACGAAAACAACGGUGCCGACAUGGAUGAGUAUUCGCCCGAUAACUCUCCCGAAGACGAUGUUCCAGAACCUCCAUAUCGUGCGUUGAAUACCGGCAUGAAACGCUACGGGACAAUGUCGAGCUUGGAGCGGGUGCCAUCGGAUGAAACGGACGAUAAGACGUACAAUUCGUCCGAGGAGGAUUCGGAGAAUGAUAUAAAAAUUGUGACGAAAGAGGUAUACGACAACAACACUCAAACAUUUCUGAACUGGACGGCCCGGGCUGGAAACUUCAUUGAGGAAUCGCGAGCCUUUCUCGAUCGCUAUCUGGGCCGGGGAAGUAAUGUCGAAGAUAAUAAAGAUGAGCUCGACGUUGAGGAGGAUCCAAUCGAAGGCGAAACCUCGGUGACCUCUGGUGAGGAAGUUUGGGGAACACCAACAAGUGGCGGAGAGAACGACGAUAUGCAAAUUUUUGGCAGUAUCGAACAAACGCACUCGUCACCGACCAAAUCCUCAUCUUCCUAUACCGGAGACGAUGACACCGAGCUGAUGAUGGAUGAACUGCUGAUGGCACCCCCGAUGACUGCUAGUGCUGUGCGAGGAUUAUUACCAAGACGAAAGCUAGAGCCAUUGUUUGAAGAGGAAAGCGAAAGCUGUGAAUCAGAUGACGAUAGUAAGCCACUGCGUGGACUUGAUAAACAGGGGCAAGCUGUGGAAAGAAAUCAUCUGGAUUAUGCGGACUUAAGAGAUUCCACCGAAACCGACUCAGUAAGUACAACGCCGUUGUCGACUCCCCUGGUGGAAACGAGGGAGACAGUGAAGACGACCACACCCGACGAAAACUUUGGGAGUGUUGCUGACAAAUGUUCUGCCUCUGCGCAUCUCCCGAUCAUCGGGAUGGCUUCUGCAAGCGGUACCGGUCGUUUCGGGGCGAAUUUCGGUGCUGCGCCGAUCCUCACGCUGCCUCCUCCGCCGUCUACCGACCCACCACCACCCCUAUACGGGCUCAGUCCAAAGCUGGAAAUGCGGUUAGCCCUCAAUCACGAUAUUCUCGGCGACGAAGAUCUGAUAAGCUACAAUCCUGGACCGGACCUGACUACGAUUCUCGGGCAAGACCUCUCCACAUACCAUCGGAUGAGCGGGAAGGAUAUCAUUAUGAAUCGGAUCAUAUCACGGGUCAACAGCUACAGCAGUAUUCCAGCGGCAGUGGCAAAGCAAUGCUCGAGCAGCAACCAGAUUCAUGCCAGCUCCAGCAGUUGCAGCAUCGAUCCCAGCAAUACCUCCCUGAGAAACGGAAUGAGCUCAUCAUAUCAGCAAAACAAUUCAAAGAUGGAUACGCCUACACCCAACCGCAAAAAGGCUCAAAACACAGCUACCUGGAACAAUUUUGGGUCUGUGGAUCGAGACGAAAGGACUCUGUCGGACCUGGAGCGUUUAGCGAGACGAGAGAAAGUCUACUGCAUGACGCAACUGAAUCAAAACGGCUCCCACCUGAAGCGAACAGCUAGUUCCAGCACUUCCAAGUCAUCCAAAUUGCUCAACUUUCUGUCACGCCAAAACUCGGAUCGAGUUUACAACUCAUCGCAAGACAGCGGUGACGAUUUUCCUAGCUCGCAAUCGGGUUCGAGCCGAGUAAACUCGCCCCGCAAGGAUAAUGACAAAUCACUAGAUCGACGGUUCUGGAAACAGCUUAGUAAACGAAGACGCAACAGUCUUCACGAAGUUACUGUUAGCGAUACCUAGGAUCGACAUUCCAGCAGAACAAAAAAAUAAAUCAAAUCGACCUUUUCAAAAUACGAUCUUCACUAGUAAACUCAACUCAACCUACAUACCUACAUUUAGCUAUCGUACCGCGUAAGUCAGACUAGUUCGUUCUUAGAUAGUGUGAUAUCGAAGAGUUUGUUGUGAAAAAAUAAUGUCUUGUUCGUCUCUCUCUAUCUUUAUUCGGAGUGUUGUUUGUUUUAUUCUGAAAUGGUUAAUUGAAACGUUAAACGAGAAACUUUACGAAAUAUUUAGGCAAAUGCACUGGCAUGACAGGAGACACUCGUGAUCCGGGCAACCGAUAAUCAACAGAAUGAUAUUACGUUAGUGAACAUAGAAGCAAUGAGAAAGCAUCUGCUAUUUGGGAUAGAAUUCUGAAAUACAAUAAUUAGAGUGUAGUGCAGCUGCAGAUUCGAGUUAGGACAGAGGUUGUUUGCAAGGCCUGAUCAAAACGCGAUCGAUGAGGGCAACAAUCGAGCGAAUCCAUUCGUGAUAGUAGGUAAUAAUGAGUCUUUUUGAUAUACUACUGGUCCGACAUAGUUUGAACUUGACUGUAGCAUUGCGAAGAUACCAUAGCGUAAGAGCAGAUCAUCUUCAGUGUACAUAUUUUUAACAGCAGUUUUAAAAAUUACAAAAAAAAUAAAUCGAGAAAGAGGCAACAUAAGAAGGAGACAUUUGUUGUCACCGCAAGAGUGAGGUACACGAUUAAAAAUUUUUAUAUUGAAUUGUGUUUGCGAAGCGUUAAUGAUUUCUUCUACUAACUAUUGUUACCCGUCCAAGAAGGGAUUAUUCUGUUCGCUUGAACUAUAGCACUUCGGAACAGGUCAAUUCAGAGCCAUCGAAAAACGGGUCCCGUCCUAAUGUUUUGUAAAAGCAUUCGUUAAAAACUUGAAACUGAGAAGGAGGUAACCAUUUGUGGUAUUCUGUUCGAACGUCCAGCAUUGUUUUCAUAGUCCGUCUAAAUAAUCCAUCACAGUCGUGUACAUAGAUUUUAAAUUUUAGAACGAUUGCGUGGUUUACUGAAAUAUGCAUUCAAGCGUUUUCAUCUAUAAGCAAAAAGAAAACCGAUAACAGAAACGCCAAAUCAGCAGCUUUAGUAAGGUAACGAUUGUUAAAAAUAACUUUCAUACUAAAAUAUCGCGUUUUGAGGAGAGAACAUUUUAGCAAUUUACAUCCCAAAUAAGAGGCAAGCUUACAUCCAAGAUACAAUUCAUAACAGAAAUUCGAACUCUCAGUAACUUAACUAAAAUAUCAAAAUGUCUCAGCAUCGGUGGAUGGAAUCCCAGACAGGUACUCAUAUGAAUCGUAGAAAUAGUGGAGCAGAUUUCAAACAUCACUGAACGAAAUUGGAAGGUGAACCGAAAUGCUCGUGGAAACACGCGCAUUGUACACAACACGAACAAGAUUUAUGAAAGAGAACAAAUAUUUUGCCUUAUGAUAUCAUAACUUACAUCAUGGGAUACUAACAGAAACAGAAACAUUAACAUGCGGCAAACCGAAAUUACAAAUCCGUCGCAUCCAAAGAUGAUGAAGGAAACAUGAACGAAUAAAAUUCACU